AUGGCUGAAGCGACCGCAGACUUAACAAUGUUACGAAAAUCGCGUGAACCCAUCGUCUUCCAGGCUAGAGUUAGAAUUGACAAACUGCAUACCAGGAAUGCCAGAUCGAUUCAUCUUAAUGAGCACCAAGUACCUCAUUUCCCAAGGCUGGAUAUGAAUUAUCUGAAGGAACUGACGGCAGCAAAUUCUCGCCGUAUUCCAGUAAGUGAAAGAAGGGGGCGACGACUGGCAGGGCUCGAUCCGUCCUUCCCGCCGCUGGAAUGCGCGCAGGUUUCCUCGGCUUUAAAAGAGCUACGGGAGAUCGGCAGGCAACCAGUCAGUACUCAGUAUCUCUUCGACCGAGGAGCGCAGUGGAUCACGGAGGACCGUGCGCUCCGACGAGCGAUCCCCUCCACCCUGGAAUCUAAUAUUAUUUUUCUCCUAAAAUACUCGAUCAAAUUAUCGGAUACCGGAGCUAAUCCCUCAGCAUCCACGCACAUCGAACGUUAUCUACAGCAGCCACCCAGGAUUCAGGAUAGAUACACCAGACGAGCUUCGGAGGCCACCCAGGACCCCACAAUUGCUACAGUAACGAGGAACAUCGGAGGAAUCUCAAUCCGAGGAACCGACAGAUGCAGUUGGAGGAAUGCAGAAAUAGAUAACAAUCGCGGAAGGUGCAGUACUCCAGUGAUGGACGUCUACGAAUUGAGUGAGGCCAAGUUGCAAACCUUGAAUUUGGAUUUUACAAAAAAGGAGCUCUCUGGAUAAAGAUAACUAGGCAUUGCGUGCCAUGAUGAUGGCAAACUCCUCAAAGAGUGUAAUCGCAAACCAAUGUUUCCGAGGAUAAGUUCCAGCGCUGAGAUGAUGCAAUCAACGAAGCGUGCUUCGAAAGUAGUGCAAAGCAAAUGCAGCCCGCGAGCUACCAAAUUCCUAUACGGAGCACUUUUCUCUGUCCUUCGCCGCUGAGAAAAAUGUAUUCUUGAAUCAAAAGUUCCGGUGCUUUUGAAUUCCGCAUUGAUAAUACAAUAGUUUAUGUCAAUAAUCCAAUAAAUUUUGUUUCAAUGAAAUAAU